AUUCAUUUACUUCCACUUUAGACUAUUUGUGGCGUUUUGGUGAUUUUCUUCACUAUGGCUGGAACUACAAUUCUCAAGCUUGGGCUCUGUGGAAGCAUAUUCUGUCUGAUGAUGCAUCUUCUUCUGGCUGGUGAUGAGUCAUCGUUGUCUGUAUGGGAAGAUGAACUCCAUGGGCUAAGGAUGCCCAGCGAACUGGCUCGGUUUAUGUCUCCCUUAAACCAUGAGGAAACUUUGUUGCUUGCAGAUGGGUUUGCAACAAAAGGCCUGCAAGCUAUUGCGGAGGAAAAUAGUUUGUGCAAAAGAGCAGGGCUUUUAUGUGAAAAAACUCAGAUAUCAAAGUUGGAUUCAUGCAAUGCAAGGAAACCAUACAAGAAAAGAAAGCUACUAGACCUUGUACAAGAUGGUUUUGUGACUGGUUGCGGACAAACAGUAAUGCCAAAUGACGUGGAGGGGAAGCAAUUACACAGUAAUUUCUUCCGAGUAAAAGAAAUUCUUACAGUUGGAGAAAAGCUGAUGUUUCCUGAUUUUCAUGACGAUGCUGUCAAUGAGAAUGUGUCAUUUCUCCCACAUAAAAUUGCACAAAACAUUCCUUUCCAAAGCCAACAAGUGUUGAACUUAGUAGAGGCCUUUCACAUUCCAUCCACUGGAUCGGAGCUUCUAAUAAAGGAAAUGGCUUCAACUCUUAAGGUAUGUGAAGCACCUCCUUCUAGCAUAGAGACCAAAAGAUGUGUUAUUUCUAUAGAGUUUAUGGCAAAGUUUCUGUCCAGUGUCAUUGGUGGGUCCAACCAUAAGCAGAAUGUUGAAGUGGUGGAGGGCAUUGUCUCAACCAAAAAAAUUUCCAAACGUGUGGUUACAGUAAAGGGCGCAAAACUCUUGGCUCCAUCCUCAAUCAAACAUGUGGCUUGUCACUCUAUGUUAUUUCCUUUUAAAGUUUAUUACUGUCAUUAUGUGAAGAGUACAAAAAUGUAUUUGGUAGCAUUGAAGGAUGAGCAAAGCGGAAUUGAGCAGAAUGUGGUUGCUGAAUGUCAUAUGGAUACUAAACCUUAUCCUGCUGAAAGCCUGGCGCUGCUCGACCUCAAACUAAAACCAGGAGAGGGCGAAUUUUGUCACUGGGUACCUAGCGAUACUCUUCUUUUCAUCGAGAAGGUUUGAAUUUCAAGUGAUAAUACUAUCCUAUUUGAAUAAAGGAGCUCGGAAAUCCUGUGGUAUAAGAUCACAAGAGCAAGGAUGAAUUGGCUUCAGCUUAUUGUCAAUAAUAUCUAUUGUUUCAAGAUAGGAGCUAGGAAAUCCUGUGGUAUAAGAUCACAAGAGCAAGGAUGAGAUUGGCUUCAACCUAUGUCAAUAAUAUCUAUAGUUUUCAAACAGGAGCUUAGAAAUCUUUGAUAAAAGAUCACAAGAGCAAGGAUGAGAUUGGCUUCAACUAUGAUAAUAAUAUUUAUUAUUUGUUGUUUA